UUUAUAAAACCUUAAUAGCUUUAUAUCAAUUUUUAUAGGUAAAUCUACAUUGCAAAUUAUAAUUUUUAUUUUGUCUAAUUUAAUUUAAAAAAAUUUUGUCUUUAGUAUAAUUUAAUAAAUAUUGUUCUAUCGGAAAUAAUACUCAUACACUAGUACAAUAAUAUACACGCAUAGAUCUGUAUAAUUUUCGUACAUUUUCCAUCAGACUGUUUUUCGAUUGUUUACUUUAUAAGUUUAUCUUAUUUUUUGAUGUGGAUUACAUGACUUUUAGAUAUUGCUGUUUAAUGGAAGAAGAUAAGAAACAUAUUAGAAAUAAGAAUCUAUAAAAUGUAAAAUUAUAUUAAUUGAAUAAGAAAAAAGUAUCAACAUGUGUAGGAAUAAAACUGUGCGGUUCUCACUUGCGAUGAUAAAUAUAUAAUUUAUUUGUGAUUAUGAAAUUAUUAUCAUGAAAUUAAGGCAGUUACUCUCUGAACAGACUUCCAUUCUGCAUUCUAUGUAUGCAGUUUUCCACGAAUAAAGAUACUCGUAAGCAGCUUGAAAUAAGUGUUUAUUAUUAUUAUUAUCACACAAUUGAAAUUAAUUACAAUUAAUACAAUAAGGCUGUAAUUUAUAAUCGUAAAUUUUUAGUGUUCUAUUAAGUAGUUAAUUACAGACAGUUCACAUUCACAGAUUAUUUAAUCAUUUGAAUUAUAUCUAAUUAGAUUAUAAAUUCUUGUAAAUAUUAAAUAUAAAUUAAUGGAUAAUUUAUGAAUUUAUGAUUCAUCAAAUAAUGAUCGAAAUAGAAAUACCGAUUUGAAACCAGUUAUUAUCAUGAUUAAUGUGUGCGGUUAAUUUAUUUUGAUGAUUUAUUUUUUGUAAAAAUCUACAUAAAGUCAUACAUAAAGAAAUCUGUUAAUCGCCAGAAUUGGGAAAAUUAGGAAAAAGAAGAUAAAUAAUUAAAAAAUAAUUAGAAAAAACUUCCGCCUUAUUGUUUUAAGAUAAAAUUUAUAUAUAAGCUAUUAUAAUAUGAUGUUUGCAAUUAUUUAUUUUAAAAAACAACGCCAAAGUUUCAAUUAUUUUUUAAUUAUUCUUUUUUUCUUAUAUAAAAUACCCUUUUCCUUGCGGUUACACAUAUUUUUCUUGAAUGUUAUACAUAUUCGUAUAACAUAAAACCAAAAUGAUAAUCAAGAGCCGCACCACGCCGAGAAAUAUACAGAUCGAGUAAUCAUAAUCAAAUGCAGUAUGGUAUUUGAAAUUGUUUCUAUUACAAUACGUUGACAUAGUCAACGAGAAAUGUAGAAAAGUAAAAAAAAAAGGAAAUUAAUAACAACGAAGAAAUAGCGAGCGAAGUGGAAGCUACAUAAUUCCUGGAGAUCUCGAUAAUGGAACACAGUCAAUUUCGACAAUAAAACAGAAGACGUAACUGCGAACUUUGACUGCAAUUUCUCAUUCUGGCAGCCGUGCCGCGGGCUGUUAAUGACUACAGCGCGAAGCGAAGCGGAGCGGAGUGGAGCGAGCGAUGAAAGAAGGAGGAACGAAGGGUUUGAAGGAGGACUGAUAUCAGAAGAAGAAGGAAUGAGGCUGACCGCUCAGUUCGAAGGAGGAGGAGAAUUGGUGGGGCCGGUCUCGCUCGCUUGGCACCUGGGGCCCGUCGAGGGGCCUAGGAGGGAAGCGGGACCGCAGGUGCGGUCGGGAUCAAGCACGGCCGUGCAAUGUGGUGCGGUCCGCCGUCGUGUGGAGAACAGGAGCCGUUCUCUUCUCUCUCUCUCUCUCUCUCCCUCCCUCGUGGAGGGAAUCCGAUCUCUCGCUGUUUACCGGAAGUUUGAUCUCCGGAGUAAAACUGGGAACAAGUGGGAUAUAUCUGCAAGCAUACCCGACAGUGCAUUCCUCGGACGAAGCGCACUCGGGAGACCCCCGAGUCUCUCCCUCCCUCCCUCGCUCCCUCGUUCUUUCCUCUCUCUUUCUUUUCUUAUCGUCACGCGGACGGAAUGGUAAGUAGUGUCUCCCCUGUGCGCAGGUAAAAAUUUCUCUCUUGCACGACGCUCGGUCCCUCGAAUAAUAUACAGAAUUCGAGGUGAAUUAAGUGUCUCAGGAGGCGGAGGACGCGCAACCGGAUGUCGAGCGACGUGCGCUCACCUCGACAAUUUGGACAUUCGAGCCAGGAAUACUUUAUUGUUCUCAGGCGAAACGGGAGUCUUUCAUUACAAUUUUACAUACUUGUUAAUUAAUUGACGAUUACAACACACGUCAAUUUCAUCAGAGACCCAAGUCGGUUAUUACAUGGACCAAGCCACGAUGGAUCCCGGUCGACCGUCCGGUUUGCGCCGCCCUCCGUUUACUUAGGAUUAUCAAACGGAACCGCAAUUUCUCUCUCAAUGCCAGUCGGCGCUGACGCUAAGUAAGCGUGCCACGGCCAUCUCGGGCCGCGUGAUCGAGCACACGCACCCGUGCAUGCGUACGCUUCCAAGGUAUAUCCGCGGGAGAGCCGCAGAAGGCGCUCCGAGUCUCUGACAUCACCUGUCGCGUGGGUGAGCCAGUUGAACGUUCCUUUUUUUUUUUUCGUUUUUCCAAGUCUGCGGCGCAACUGGCCGACCUACAUCGGGGCAGUUCUCUUCAGCCGAACGACUUCUUGCACAGUUCAUUUUCGAUUUCUUCCUCUUUUUCUUCUUCCCAGAGAAAGAGAGUUUCCUUUUUUUUCCUUUUGUCUCUUCGGCGAGAGAACAGGAGAAGUGAACUGCAUGCAAGAAGCUCAGCUGUGAAGAACAAACGGCUAAACUGCUUAGUAGACACGAUAAUGUAUCGCAUGCCGACACGAUUGCGCAAACGUUGUCAUAUGAGAGAGAUCGAAAAAUAGAAAUGCUUUGAACUAUUUAAAAGUGAUAUGGAGCGUUAUUUAAAGUAAAAACUGAUGUUUCAUUAAAAUUUCAAACCGAUCGACUGUGUAAUUUUUGAGAAAAUAAAAAUUCGAGUUAGAGAUUUUAGUAUGGCGCAUCUUAUACAGGUGUAUCAAGCGACUAAUAUCGCGUUACGUUAGUAUUAUCUACCUGCAAUUCUUAUUCGUCUUAUUGACAAUAUUAAUCCGGAGAAUCUCUUAACAUUUUAACCGCUGAAUCAUCUACCUCUGGAUGACGCAUACAAUUUCCGAAGAAUCUAUAUUCCAUUUGUGAAUAAUGACUUCAUUUACAUAGUAAGAACACGUUUUGUAUUUAUGUUAAAAUUGAUCGCUGUUAAAAGUUUUGUGUUAAAUUUUUAACGCAAAUAAAUGUUUAUUUAAUAUAAAGUUAUUUGAUUGUUUUGUGUUAAGUUGGUAUUUAACAGUUCUUAUGUCUAUUUUUAUCAACGUCUAAAUUAGCUUUAAUCACAAUUUAAUUUACAUUUUAUGCUGUUAUAUAAUACUUAUCUAUUUUUAAGUUGUGUUAUUUUAAAGUAAUUUCAAAAAACGUUUAAUAUAAAUUUAAAAUAAGAUAUUUUAGAGAAGAUAAUAACAUAAUUAUGUUAAAUUAUAAAAUAUUUUGAGUAUUUAAAGAACUCUGAAUAUCUCGAAAAUUACAUGCCAUAACUUUAACGAAGAUCGAUUUCAAUACAUGUACAUACUCUUUACUGUUUUUUAAAAUUUUUAUUAAGUUUAAUACUAAAAUCAACUCUACAUGUUCAAAAAAAGAAAUGUUUAAUUUUAAUAUUUUAAAAUGUUUUAUUUCCGUUUCCGGAUUUCUAAACACUUAAACACUUAAAAAAUGUUUCUUAAACUGAAAUGUUUUUUAAACUGAAACAGCUAUAAAAUGUUUUAAUAUUUUAAAUCUAAACGUUGUUUAAAACGUUUUUAGUGUCUAAAAAACAAAAAUAGAAAUAAAUAUUUUUUAAUAUCUUAAAAUUAAACAUUUCUUUUUUUAAAUGCAAUCGAAGUUUUAACGCAUUGUUUAUCAAUAACUGAUUUGACAAGUAUUUUUGUACAAAAUACAAAUAUAUAAAUUUUUAUCAAAUUGUAGUGCCUGUAAUAUUAUAAUAAUAUAAGUUAAAUUAAAUAAUAAUAAAUUUAUAUAAAAAUUUUGUAUGAAUUUAUAGAAUGGACACGCGGAUCGUGAGGGUCUUCUCGACCGACACUUAGUUGGACAUGCGUAAACAUAAGCGUGAAAUUUUUCGCAAAGUCCUCCAACCGUCACUGGCACAAGCCACGAUGAGAUUCAUCGUUUUCAGUACGACGUUCCUUCUAAUGUCGACAUCGAUCGCUGGAUCGAUCAACGAUUGCGAAGAUCCCAAUUUCCACUCUCUGGAGACGCAGGAGACAGCUCGGUUGGAGUGUGGCUCGGCCUUCAAGAACCGCUGUCGCUGCCUCAGAACAUGCUACGACGGGCACCAUCAGUACGUCGUAAAUUGCACGGGUACCGGAUUCCAAGACACGUCCCCGCUGGCGCAUUUGCCUAAUGAGACGCAAGUGCUCAUCUUCACGGGGAAUGAACUGGAGGAGCUGCCCUGGAAUGUGUUUGGCACCCUGGACACUCUGCCGUAUCUGAGGGUCAUCGACAUGUCGAACAACAAGAUACGCGAGAUACGCGGCAAGGCUUAUCAUCACGUGCAACACGUGGAGCGUCUUAUACUUGAUUUCAACGAGCUCUCGUUGGACCCCGCGAGAAGCCAUCCAAGAGUGUUCUCCAAUUUCGUCUCCCUCUUGGAGCUGCACUUGACUGACGCCUUCGAGGACGGUCCGCCGAGGGACCUGGCGAGGACACUUCACGACAUCUUCGUGAACAGCAAUCUCACGCAGCUGAUAAAGCUCCAUCUUGAACAGAAUGAGAUCUCAGAGUUUCGAGACGUCAAAGUGUUCUGCGAUCUACCGAAUCUCCUCGAUCUUCAUCUCGGCGAUAACGAAUUAGACGCGCUGCACUUCAAUCUGUCGUGCCUGCACAAUCUGCGCUUCUUGGAUUUACGAAGGAACAAAUUCACGAAGGUUCUCGACCGUGAUCUCCAUAUCAUGGACAAUCUCGCCAAGCACGAUCGAUCUGUAUCCGUAGACUUCUCCGACAAUCCUUUCGAAUGCUCAUGCAAGCUCAAUCCGUUCAUCAAAUGGAUGAAAAAGACGAAAGUAUUCAUCCGAAACAAGAACAAUUUAAAAUGUUACGAAGGUACCAUAAAGCACGAAUUCCAUGAGACGAAGAAUUGCUCUCCAAAGCUACUAGCUUCCACCCGGCAAGGGACGACGGUGUUGCUUUGCUUCCUCUCGAUAGUGCUGGUCGCUCUGGUGUGUGCUUUGCUCUAUUUGCAAAGGACGAAACUUCAGAAGAAGAUCGAGCCGGUGCUCGACUCGGUCAGCAAGAGGGUGCGAUACACCUCAAUAGCAAAUGGUGAUGCUCGCGAGGACGUGUAAACAAAAAAAGAGUAAAGAAACUUUAUUCUCUAAUAAAGGGAAGUUUUUGCUCCAUUAAGAACAAAAGUUGUGUGAUUAAAUUGGAGAAUUUGUUUGUCGAAUUUAUUUCAGUAUAAGGAAUAAGUGAACAGUUUUCCAUAUUUUCUAUUUAUGUGUUAUAUUUUAAAUAUAAGUAUGUGCAAAAAAUGCUUUAUUGUGUGUGUGUGUCUGAGUUUUUAGUUUUUCAUAAAAAAAUAAUAAAAAUAAAAAAGAUAUACAGCAUAAAAAGAAUUUAUGUAUUUAAACACAUAAUUUAGCAUGUUUUAUUUUUACACAAAAAACUUAAUCAUAUAUAAAUGAGUCUUUUUUUACAUUUGGACUUGUAAUGUGUUUACUAUUGUAUUUGUAAAGGAGAAUAAGUUAGGUUUUUGUUGACUUUAUAAGUUAAAAUUAUAGUCACAAAAUUAACUUAUUAAUUAAGUUACGUUAAAAAUUAUAUAAAUUAUAUCAAAGACUAACUUAAUUAAAACUUAAGUUAAAGUUAAAUUAAUUUAAAUUAAAUUAAAAAUUAAUUUUAAAAAGUAUUAAUUAAAUUGAAAUAAUUAUAUAUAUAAUUUUAAUUUAAUUAUACAUAAUUAUAUAUAUAAUUAUUUUAAUUAAUUAACACCUACGGAGAACUGUGUUCUUAUCUUGAAAUAAAUUCGAAAUUUUUUUCUUUAAUUUGAUUACAAACAAAUUUAUUCUGCCUUAACUGUAAGAUAAAAUAUUUCCCGUUUUGCAUUUGCGUUGAUUAAUUCAUUUCGCUUGUCUCGAGGCGAAAGAGUACGAAUUUAAAAUCGCGUUUUUGGAGAAAGCUUCACACGCGCAAAACUUUGACAAAAUAUCCUCAGCCGUAACGGUAUCGGUUUUACGUCAUACAUUAAAUUUCACAGCUCGAUAAUUCGCAUGCUCGCAAACGGUGCGUAAAAUUGAGCAUAAAUUUUCAUGUUCGGCGUAUUCACCGCGUACAGUCAUUGAACGAUACCGUGAAUUAUGUGAUUAACGCUACUUAGUGUGCAAGUUAACUUUACGAUGUAAUGCGUUUAUAAAUAAAUGUUAUUUAUUAUA